CCGGAAGUGAGCGCGAGCACGUUUAGCGGCAAGAUGGUGGCCACCAGGAGAGGAACACGCGUGAGUUCCCCAGAGAAAAAAACAAACGAAGAAGCCGCAGAAACUCCGGCAUCGCAUCUCAGAAGAACAAGACGUAGAACAGAGAUAGUGAAAACUCAGUCCCAGUCUGAACACACAAGUGACUCCCAGCAGGAUGAUGCAGAAGAGCAGAACACGGCUCAGGCUGAACCAGAAACCUCACCAAAAAGGGAAACUAGAAGUGCUAAAUGUCGUACAACAGACAAACAGCCAGAAUCCACACAUGAAGCAGAUGUGUCUGAAUCCGAAUCUUGCUGUUCCGUGGCGUCGGAUAUCCAAUUGACAUCCCGAAGCAGACGGAGAGUGACAGUCCGAGUGAAAACUUCAGCUGUGGAUGAACAGGAGGCCUCUAAAACCGAAUCUAGUUCUUCAUCAUUGGCUAAAACGCCACGCAGAUCCACUAGAGGUCAGAAGAAUCCUGCUCCUGUUUUAGGGUCCUCCACUUCACAGGACGAUGAGCACUCUGAGGCCGAGUCCUGCAGCUCAGUGGCGUCUCUGACCACUAGAGUCACAAGGAGCUGCAGGAAGCCUGCUGUCGCUCCUGAGGAUACAACUCACUCAGAGGCUGAUUCUUGCUCGUCUGUAAUUUCUGGCCCUCAGGGAUCCACUGUCCGGAGGUCCACACGAAGCAGAGUGAAGGUCACUGAGUCGAUCCCUAUCCACUUGGAGCAAAGUGAAACUGUAGAGACUCCUGCUGCUUUAGAGCCCAGAAGGACAAGGGGACGCAGUGGCAAAGCAAAGUCUGCUGAGGAAGAUCAGGCUUAUGACUCUGAAUGUCAGUCUGGCCCUAGCUUGAGUCCUAGAAGAACCACCCGAUCUACUAGCCGGGUAGCUGACUCAGAUUCAGAGUCAAUAUUAACUUCUGUUGAUAGUCCUUGUUCUACACAGGGCAAGGGAACCCCGUGUAGUAGCCGAACUGGCUCAGCUAGCAGCAACCGCGCUGUCCGAGUUUCUAGAUCUGUGACACGAAGUGUAAGAGUCGCAGUACUGAAUAUGUCUAUACCGGUGUCCAAAAGUGUUAAAAAGGCCAGUGAAGAAAAUAAAUCUGAGAACGACCAGGCUGAAACUACACAGGAUGUACCUGGCUUGUCUGUAAGUGCAACAAAGUCUGACAUGGAGGAUGAAGAGGAGAUGGAGGAGGAUGCGAAUAAUAAAACAGUUAUUGCUGUAGAUCAGGAAUGUUCUGUUGCUGAGGACAAUGAUGGGGAUUUUACAUUAAGUCUUGAUGAGGAUGAGGCUGAAGUGAGAAUUAAACGCGAGAGCAGACAAGACAUUUCUUCUAAGACUGAGAAGGAGCUUCCAGAGGAGGCCAUGGACACACAUGAGGCCAGCUGUGUGCAGGAAGUCCAAGCCAUGGAAAAGGAAUCGAGUUCCGCAUCUGAUACCGAAGUUAGACAAAGUUCUAGUCAAGCUGCACGUAAAGAGAAUUUAAAAGUAGUCACUGAACCAGAGGAGAAAAUGGAAGCAACCAAGAACUUGACGGAUGUGGUAACUGAUGAAGUCGCCAUGGAAGACACGACUAACAAGGAAGGACCGUCAUCAAGCUCAAAAGCAUCCAGUAUUGAGAAGACCAAGCCUGUGAAGGGAUGUAUCAGCUUGCUGGACAGCAGUGAGGAUGAGGAGAGUGAUGAUGAUGAUGGACUCUCGGUGGACACAGGUAAUGACAAGGCUGGGGACUUGGAGAGUGAGGAUGAGGUGUGCCGAUUGGAGGAUCAGCCAGGCCCCUCCACUGCACCAGAUUCACUCGUGGGUAAAGGCCUGUUUGUUCUUGACACACGUCCUGGCCGUCAACCCAAUGAGAAGUACUUCAUCGAUACUACACAGGAAGAAAGAGAUGACAAGGACUCCAAAGCUGUCGAAGACGAAGAGGAUUUUGUUGACGAAGAGGGAGAUGAUGAUGAGGAAGAGGACGAAGACUCAAAAAUACUCUUCACUACAAGGAAGCCGGCAUUGAGUGAGUUAUCCAGUUCUAUUGACCCCGGGUUGAAAGUAAAAGCCCUUGGUGGAUUAUAUAUCAACUUUGAUGGCAGGAAAUCCAAAUCUGUCUCCGACAACCUGAAAAAGCUGAAGGAUCAGAAGAAUCAGGAUGAGUUGCUGAAGAAGAGUGUAAUUGUUGCAGACUUUGAAAAGAAAGACACCGUGCCACCGUACAAAGAAUCCAAACAUGCUGCUAAAUUAAAGCGCAGGGAGGAGAAAGCUAAGACUACAGGAGAUGGCUGGUUCAACAUGAGAGCUCCUGAACUAACAGCGGAACUGAAGAAUGAUCUCAAGGCUCUACAGAUGCGUCCAGCCACGGAUCCCAAGCGCUUUUACAAGAAGAACGACAGAGAAGGUUUUCCCAAAUACUUUCAAGUUGGAACAGUGGUUGAUAACCCCAUAGACUUCUACCAUUCCCGAAUUCCCAAGAAACAGAGGAAGAGGACAAUUGUGGAGGAGUUGCUCGCUGACGCAGAGUUCAGAAGUUUUAACAAGAGGAAAUACACUGAGAUCAUGGCAGAAAAAGCAGCAGCAGCAGCUGGAAAGAUGAAUAAAAAGAAGCAUAAAUUUCCUAAAAAGAAAUGAUAAGCUUGACUUGUGCCACCAGUUUGGAGGAUUCAACAACAUGAAGGUUCUCAUGACUGAUCCUCAAUAAAUCAUGUAAACCAGCAGGCUCUGGAGCUCAGUUUUUCUUCUGUGUGGAAA